AUGGCCGUCGCAAAACCACUCCUGCGUUUUGUAGGCGACACCCUUGAACUUGGGAAGGAAGGUUGGACAGAGCUUGAGAAAGCCCGCCCACCGGUGAGAGUCGUGGUAGUCUGUGGCAAGGGCCGCUGUGGGAAGAGCUGGCAGUUGAACCAGCUCACAGGGACCCGGGCUUUCCACACCUCUGACUCUGUGGAGCCCGCCACGCAAGGCAUUGAUAUCCUGGUACUUCAUGAUCAGGAGGGGGGCGACGGGAGCACUGUUUGGCUGGAUGUGGAGGGAGUCCAGAAUGCACUGGGCAAAUCGCGUCCCAAGGCAGGCGUCCUCGCGCAGCUACUGUCAACCGAGAUCGUUUCUGUGGGUGCUAGCAUGUUUGACGAUACGAGCAUUGAGAUGCUCGGGGUGCAAGCAGCACUGCGCAGAGCUUGCCAGGGCAGCACGUUUGCACGGCCGCGCCUUCACCAUGUGGUGAACCUAUGCAACCUCAAGGGCUUCAAGCAAGAGGAGCUGAAGAGGAAGCUCGGAGAGGACAGAGAUGUGCACCGUGCGAUCCUGGAGUCCUUCGAACCAGGAUCGUUGAUUGCGAUUCCCUACCUCACCGAAGGCACGUCGGCUGAGAUCGAGAGUCUGAUCACAAGGCUGAAGGCUGUUCUCCUGUCCGGCUGCCCUGCACAGAUCGAUGGUUUUCAGCUGUCAGGAGCCGAUAUGGCUCAGAUCGCUCUCGCGGGCAUCGAGCAGCUGAAAGCCAUGGAUGAAAUUGACGUGUCGGACACCUUCCACAGCAUCUUGCUGCGUGUGUGUGAGACCCAUGCACAGGAGGCAACGAAGGUGUAUGAUCAGACUGUGGCUACUGCAGAAAGCCUGACUCGAUUCCACGAGAGCAUUGAUCAUUUGGAUGAAGAGGGGAGCCUUCAGCCGGCCCUCGCUGCUUUCGACAGCAAGACGUGCCACAUCUCUGAGGCGGUCACGCAGACGGUUCGGAUGAACCUUCGUCAGUCCUUAGCCUCGGCCUUCCAGCAAACCAAGGCCCGGAAUGAGUCUUUGGCACAAAGCGGAACUUUGCGUGCUCAGCUCCACGGCCAAGAGCUGCUCAGGGAGUACAGUGAGAAGCUCCGGCGCCGCAGUGGCCCGCUCUCUGUGAACUGCGAGGGGCAUGUGGACGGCGCUGUCGAGGAGCUCAUGGUGAACUUCUGGGAGAAAGUGGCAGAGAGCACCCGGCCGGCGGAAUUGCAGCGCAUUGGGCAACAGGUGUCAGAGGGCAUGGACCAUUUAUUCCGAGCAUGGCAGAAGGAAAACAAGGAGAAGGAACAACGGGAGCAGGUUCUGCUACAAGGAUGGGCACGGACUGCCGUGGAGCGCUUGCAGACGGGAUCAGAAAGCAUGACCUACAUUGAUGAUUUGAGCGCCCUCUUGGAUGCUAAGCUCCGUCAGUGCUUGCUGUUCUUCGACAACAGUGCCGAAGGCAAUGCGAGGCAGACUUUGGUCAGCGAGGAACGCCAGAAGCUGGAGAGGCGGCUCCAGGAGGCAAAGAGCAGGGCAUUGACAGCGAAUCAUGCGCUCCAUGAACAGGGUCACAAAGAUUUGCAGCACAAGGCAAAGGAUUUGAAGAAGGUGUACCGUCAGCGUCUGCAGGGCCUGGACUUCACCAAGCUCACGGGUUUCAGGUCGCAGGAGAAGGAAUCAGUGCUGGAGGAUUUCGAUCGUUAUGCAACUGGCCGGUGCCAGAGAACCUCCAUCCGCAGCCUCAGGGAGUGGCUUGUGGAAGCUUUAGAUGAGAUCUUUGCGGAGAUGUACAACUGGGGUCUCUGUGAGGUGCAAAUGGAGCGCUGCAACAGCGAUGUCGCGGAACUCCUGGAACAGUGCAGGACCGGUCCACUCGGCACUCGCCAUGCUAUGUACCAAGUCUGGUUCGAAAAGGCCUCGGUCACGGAGGAGUAUGUGCAAGCCUUCCUCAGCUCGCGGGUCGAGCCUUUGGAGAAAGCUUAUGCUCCUUUCGAGGCACUGAAGGACCAUGUGAAGGCUGCAGUAAAACGCUGCAGCGAAGAAGUCUUUGGUGCAGACUUCGUCCGCCGGCAGCGGCAGGCAGCCGCCAAUGGCUUGACCACUCGCCGUUGUGUGCACUGCGGCAUCGCAUACCAGAAGGAAGGCGGUUGCGAUCAUGUGCGGUGCGGCUUCCUUGACUGGACAGGAUCUAUGGGAGAGGAGCUGCAGCCACCUGGUCGCGGGUGUCAAGGGAAAGUGUUCGGCUGCGGUCGGGCCUUCGAUUGGGGCACUGCCGAAGAUGUCACAGAUGCGGAGUGGACGAUCUUCUUUGGAUGGGUGAGGGUUCCAGGCUUUGGCGGCUUCGUUGACAGCUUGCAACGCGGUGGCCGUGCCCUCGGCAGUGCCUUGCUGUCAGGGCUGCGCUUUGUGUUCGGGUCUCAGGCGAUGGUGCAGGAGACGGUGGACCGGGAGUUGAGCAUCUUGUCGCAGCUGCAGCGCACCUUGGCCGAGGAGCGCCAGGCAUUGUCACCAGUAGACCGGGCGCGGCGCUGGAGGCAGCACAUUCUCCAGUGGCACCCGGACAAGUCGGAAGAUCCGCUUGCGACGCUGGUAUCGCAGUUCCUGAACCAGAGGAAAGACUGGUAUCUUGGCAGGGGAGAUUAG